CUGCUGUGUGCCCCACUGAAGGGGCUCGCUGCGUGGCCUCCCACUCGAUCCGUCUUUUGCUGCUGUUGCGUGCGCUGUGUGGGCCGCCACCAGUCGCACUUGCGCCGCUCUUCCUCUCUCUUUGUCUCUCCUGUUGUAUUUGUGAUGGGAGAUACAUUCGCCCGGGGAAGGGACUCUCAACGCCACGAAGCCGCUGCUUCGACCGGUGACUAUGGGGCGGCGAGCACUGCGCCCUGGUGGGGUGGACUGCUGCCUGCACGUAUGCGUGGGGCUGGUGGUCUCUGUGCUUCUGGUGGCUGCUCCACGAGGUGCGGUGGGCCAAAGCACCGAAGCAACGAGAGUUGUACAGAUGCUCUCCAUUGA